CAACGCGUACCGGCGCGUCGACGCCGCCUUCCGCUCCGCAUCAUCGCCAUUUACUGCCAGCUAAAAUCUACCCCAUACCAGCUGAACAUCACCACCAACUCUAGUCUACAGACUCGUAAGAGAUACCAGCGAGAUUUUCCAAUUAACUAGACUCAGAAUGGCCGGUGUUGGGGGAACAAAGAGGGCAGCCUCCCCCUCACGACCAAUCUCCCCGCCUCCACUAAAGCGCAAGGUCGAGUCGACGGUGACGAAAAAAGCAGUCUCUUCAUUCUUCACACCUGCGUCGCAGAAGAAGCCCGAGCCGAUAACAUGGCGGAUUCUGAACAAUAGCCUGGUGAUUGGGAAAUAUGCCGGACAAAAGACAGACGUUAAACAAGAUGUAAAAAGGAAGAUCGCUGCAUUCGACCUGGACUCUACAUUGAUAUCGACAGCGUCGGGAAACACUUUCGCCCGCAACCCCUCAGACUGGAAAUGGUGGGAUGCGACUGUGCCUUCGAAGAUCAAAGAGCUCGACACUGAAGGGUACCAACUCGUCAUUGUGUCCAACCAGAAAAAGGUGGCCCUGCAAAAAGUCAUCAAAGCCGGCCGGAGCGACUCCAAAAGCCUCGCCAACUUCAAGGAAAAGGUCGCCGCUGUCAUGUCGCAGCUCGAUGUUCCGUUGAGUGUGUACGCUGCAACAAAAGAUGACGAGAAUAGAAAACCGCGUAUCGGUAUGUGGAGGGAGUUUAUGGAGGAUUAUGAUCUAGAUGUUGGAGGGGUGGAUUUGGCGGGGUCAUUCUUUGUCGGUGAUGCUGCUGGACGGGCGAAUGAUCAUUCUCAUUCGGAUCGAGGCUUCGCAGCAAACGUUGGAAUCCCAUUCAAAACGCCCGAAGAGUUCUUCCUCAACGCAGCUCCCGAAGCACCAACAGUAAAGUUCGACCCUACGACCUACUUGGACGAUGAAGCAAAAGAACCCGCCUUCGUCUGCACAAGCCCCCUCGACCUAGUCAUCUUCUGCGGCAGCCCGGGAGCCGGGAAAUCGACUUUCUUUUGGAACCAUCUCGAACCUCUAGGCUACGAGCGUGUGAACCAGGACGUUCUUAAAACGCGUCCAAAAUGUAUCAAGGUUGCCAAAGAGUUUCUCUCGGAUGGGAAAUCCGUUGCUGUUGAUAAUACAAAUGCCGACCCGGAAACAAGGUCCCAUUGGAUCGAAGUAGCCAAGGAAUUCAAAAUCCCCAUCCGCUGCGUCUACUUCAUUACAACCCCGGAACUAUGCAGGCAUAAUAAUGCCGUUCGUGCUGCGAACCAGGCCUUGAACCCGGAAUCCCGGACCCUCCUCCCUGGCAUUGCGUUCGGCGAUUUUUCUCGUCGAUUCAAGGAACCGUCCUUAGAUGAAGGUUUCAAGGAUAUUAUUCGUGUUGACUUUCGGUUCCGCGGGAACGAGGAUGCAAAGAAGGUGUGGAGCCAAUACUGGAUUUGAUCCGUUCCAUGUGCUAUGUGUGACAAAAGAUACUGUAUUUAUGGGCGUCGUGAUACCAUCUCAAAUCAAAUCAAAAGAUUAUAAUAUGUAUUAUCAAACACGAGAUAUAUACAUACACACGAUGAACUAGCAAUACUUUUUGGUAUGUGGGGAAUAUGUCUAUGAGAUACAUGAAAUAUUCAACGUGGGGGGGUAUAUUAGUGAACGGAAUGGCCCGGCCAUGCAUAGCCGGCACCCUCGAUCCUCUUCGAUUCCAGCUCUUCUUCCUUGCAUCAACUCGCAUCCGAAUCAACCAAUUCCGUCACGGUGGAUUAUGUAGUGAAUACAUCGCUAAUAAGGAGCAAAAAAACAAAGGGUUAGACACUUGU